AUGCUACCUAUCCUCCAGCGGCUGCAGCAAUCCACCAAGAUGAUGAGCCGCAGGAAAAUUCUGCUGUUGGUGUUAGGGUGCAGCACCGUAAGUCUCCUCAUCCACCAGGGGGCGCAGCUCAGUUGGUACCCCAAGUUGUUCCCUCUGAGCUGCCCGCCUCUGAGAGAAUCGCCACCCCGUGCCAAGCACAUGGCUGUGGCCUUCCUGAAGACUCACAAAACAGCAGGUACUACUGUGCAGAACAUCCUGUUCCGCUUCGCAGAACGCCACAACCUCACUGUGGCCCUGCCUCACCCUAGCUGCGAGCAUCAGUUCUGCUACCCGCGAAACUUCUCGGCACACUUCGUGCACCCAGCCACGAGGCCCCCGCACAUGCUGGCCAGCCAUCUGCGCUUCGACCGUGCAGAACUCGAGCGCCUCAUGCCUCCAGACACGAUCUAUGUCACCAUCCUGCGCGAACCUGCCGCCAUGUUCGAGUCCCUUUUCAGCUACUACAACCAGUAUUGCCCGGCCUUCAGGCGCGUGCCCAAUGCGUCGCUAGAGACUUUCCUGCGCGCACCCGAGGCCUACUACCGUCCAGGCGAGCACUUUGCCAUGUUUGCCCACAAUACACUGGCCUACGACCUGGGAGGCGACAAUGAGCGCAGUCCUCGAGAUGAUGCAGCCUACUUAGCGGGCCUCAUACGCCAGGUGGAGGAGGUCUUCUCGCUUGUCAUGAUAGCAGAGUACUUCGACGAGUCACUCGUGCUGCUGCGGCGUCUACUGGCCUGGGACCUAGAUGACGUCCUCUACGCCAAGCUCAACGCGCGCGCCGCCACAUCGCGCCUGGCCACCAUCCCCGAGGCGCUGGCGCGGGCCGCGCGCACCUGGAACGCGCUCGAUGCCGGCCUCUACGACCACUUCAACGCCACCUUCUGGCGCCGCGUGGCGCGUGCAGGCCGCGCAUGCGUGGAGCGCGAAGCGCGCGAGCUGCGCGAGGCCCGCCAGCGUCUGCUGCGUCGUUGCUUUGGCAACGAGCCAGUGCUGCGACCUGCUGCCCAGAUUCGCACAAAGCAGCUACAGCCGUGGCAGCCUAGCCGCAAAGUGGACAUCAUGGGCUAUGAUCUGCCUAGCGGCGGUGCUGGCCCUACUACGGAGGCUUGCCUCAAGCUUGCUAUGCCCGAGGUGCAGUACUCAAACUAUCUGUUGAGGAAGCAAAAACGCCGCGGUGGUGUGCGGUCCAGGCCAGAACCGGUCCUGGAUAAUCCUCCCCCACGGCCUAUCCGAGCACUGCCUCGUAUCCCCCAGGGUACCUGAGUUCCACCUGCCUCCGGGAACUCAGGUCUUGCUCCGUUAAGGUCCUUUUAUUCCCCACGGGCUUGAGCCCUAUGUCCAAAUGGAGGUGCGUCUGCAUCUGAGCCUGCCACCCUAGUGUCACCU